AAAACUACAUUUCCCAAAAGUGUGACGAAAUCGUCGGCCGUUUUCCACGGGACCGACAGAAUUCCACAGUUGCAUCCUAAAGUUAGCGUCCUCACAGAGAUCUCACGAUGACAGAACGAGCUAACAACUUCCCACCUCUGCCUGCGUUUUUUCGCAUUAAGCCAUGUUUCUACCAAAACAUUGACGAGGAAAUCCCUCAGCCUCAUUGCCAGCUUGUUCGCAGAGUUUACAACCUUUGGAUCUUGUACUCUAUUACGCUAUGCGUCAACGUGGUGUCUUGCAUAGCCUGGUGGGCUGGCGGUGGUGGUGCAGUUAACUUUGGGCUCGCUCUCCUGUGGCUCUUGCUGUUCAGUCCUUGUAGUUACACCUGCUGGUUCAGGCCCCUUUACAAGGCAUUCAGGGCUGACAGCUCGUUCAACUUCAUGGCAUUCUUCUUCAUUUUCUUCCUUCAGUGUGUUCUGGCUUUCAUUCAGACCUUAGGGAUAUCUGGUUGGGGUGCAUGUGGUUGGAUAGCAACAGUGCUGUUUUUCAGCACUAACGUGGGAUCUGCUGUGGUUAUGCUCUUCUCAGCUGUGCUGUUCACUAUAGUCACAGUGCUUAUGGGACUGGUUCUUAUCAGGGUUCACCGGCUUUACCGUGGUGGGGGAGGAAGCUUUCAGCGUGCUCAGGAGGAAUGGAGCACUGGGGCAUGGAAAAGUGCCCCUGUCAGAGAAGCUGGCUUUAAUGCCAUUGCUGAGAGCGGCCCAAGUCUUCCCCAGUACCCUGCUGCUGUACCCAGUUAUCCAGAAAGCGGACCGUGGUGAUGAACCAUUUCGGACUCUAGAUGGAGCCAGAGUGCUCCUUUUCUCCUGCGUUGAGCAGAUAUCUCAAUAACCUCAUGCCUCCACAUGAAUGACGUAACACUGAAAUGGUGAAAAUUCUACAGAAAGGGGACUAAACACCCCAUGUAGAAAUCCAUUGUACUUUUUGUUUACAAACCACAUUGCCAAAACGGUUGCAUAACAACUCAGUCACAUGUGGAGGAAUGUAAAUAUUGUUACUGGAUGAAACAAUUGUGCAGAUAAGGUACUGCUCACCCUCAAGUCAUGGCAGCUUCCAAAAUCGUUCAUUGGGAAUGUGAAAAAUUUGAGAAAUAGAACUGUGUUUAUUUUACAAAGUGAUUCCUUACACCACACGUCAAAUGUGCUGCAUCCAUGAUUCAUUCUUUGAUCUUUUGCUGGAAAUGAUUCAGAUUUUAAAAGAUACAAACAUGAGUUAAAGGUCUCUACAUUUACCAGAAACUGACAUUCUUAGUCAUUUUAUACCUUGAAAAUAUGCAUAGGAGUUGCAUGCUUUUUAAGUUGCCAAUAACAUUUUACUUUUCAAAGUGAAGUUCAUGCUUUUUCAAUCUGCUAUUUUGUGCCUGAUCUCUGCCUUAAUUUUCCUAGUGCAUUUAGCAUGUGCAAAGAAUUAUCUUUCAAGUUGCCUGACAUUCUGCAGUUCUGCAAGUGGAUAUGGCCACAUCCAUUUAUGCAGAAUUAUUAUUAUUUGCUCAGUGCAUUUUUCUGUCUGCGUUCAGAUAUCCACUGUAUUUGAUUUCAGUACCCUGCUGUUAAAGUAUACAUUCCUUUAGUCAGUGUUCCAGCUAUCAUAUUUCAUUGUGUUCCUAUAUGGAACACUAUGUUUACAGAGUGGCCAUUUGAACCUGGGUUUGAAACACUGCGAGUAUAGAACUUGAUCUUUUUUUUUACUUUAUUUUUUACCCUCUGUGGAAUCACAAGAGGGUAGAUUUUUCAUCUCUGACAUUUCAUCUCUGGGCUCGAUUAUAUGUGUAACUAACACUAAAUAUCUUUGAUAUGAUUAUAAAUGCAUCAGAUAUCAAAUAUGUUACUGACAUGGCUAAGUAAAGGCAAUUAAAUAAAAACAUUCCUUUUCAGAUUGAAUGUAA